CUUGUCAAUUGCCACAUGGCUUUCUCUUUUAAGGGAAAAGAAAGAUGUUAGUGGACAAAACUUGACUGAAUAAUUGAAAAAGUAUUAUAACUUGGAAAGAAAAGACAUGACUUUUAGGAGACUAAGUUGGCUAUAUAGGCCAGAGCAGAGGCUCUUGCUUCUUCAAUAAAUCUUUAGUGAUCUAUAGCAAGUGUAAGAAAAUGAAGAGCUCGGUUUUCUUUCUGUUUGUAAUAAUAACGGCAAUAUCAUAUUCAGUGAGAUUGGGUGACGCAGUAGCUGAACCGCCAGAAUACACUCUACUACAAUCAGAACCAGACUUUGAGGUCAGACUCUACAAAGAAUCCUGGUGGAUGACUGCUCUUGUGCAAGGAACUUCCUUUGAGAAGUCGACCAAAGAUGGCUUUCACAGUGGAACAAACUAUACCAUCUAUCUGCAGGUUGUAUCAAUAUAUCCAUGGAGACAACCUCAACUCUACUGGACUUCCAAUGACAGCUCCAGCGUUAAGCAAUCAUCACACUGGUUUGAAUAUUUGGUAAGGUAUUAUGUGCCUGCCAAGUAUGGGAAUGUCCCUCCUCAGCCGUCUCCAGAACUGAAUUUGCAGUUGAGACAUGGAAGAAACAGUGUGUGGCAGUAAGGAAGUUUACAGGGUUUGCCAAGGACGAUAAUGUAGAUCAACAAGUAAAAGCUCUUGCUUUGAGUAUAGGAAGACACGCACACUUCAGUGAAAAGGAAAAAGGAGUUCAAAAUGGGAGCACCACAACGCUUUACUCUAUUGCGCAGUACACUUCACCACAUCGCCUUACUGGGCGUUUGAAUGAAGUCUGGAUCAAUGUUGCAGCUGGCUUUACCGAACAAGGGUGCCCCGGCGCUCUGGGUAACAAAUAAUGAUUUGCUUUAUGUUUAGUUACAAAAUACCUUGUGGAAAUAAUAUGCCCCAUCUUUACAUGAUAUGGGGAGCUGUAUAAACUUAAGCAUUCAUAUGUUCCACGUAAAAAUCUACUUGGAGAAAUUUGAGAGAGAUUCACUUGGCAUGGGAACCUGUAUAAUAAGCUCAAAUGAAUGCCUGAGUCCCGUAAGAGCACCUAAUAAAUCAAUGCAUUAUUUAUGAGAUUAAUACAGGCGCCUUUAAAGAAUAUACAACAGUGUUAUGUUGGCUCACUGGACAGCCAAAUAAACUGUUCUAUACAGUCUGACGCCCUGGAUAAAUUACAUGAAAA